GGGUAUUUUCUAACCCCCUGUCUGUUUAGAACGUCACCCACUGCACACGGCUGUCAGUUGACUGUGAUUAAAGCAAAUUAUAUUUGUAGAAUCUAGAAAAAUAUUGUAUACUAGUGCACAGAAAAGAUACGAAGUUGAGGAUUAAAAUUGCUUCGUAUCUGUGAGCCACCAAUAAUGCUGACAGGAUCUGCUUCAAAUGUAGAGCCCGGGGGACAACCGGCUGGCACCUUCCUGCAGAAAAAACUGUCUAACGUGUUUGAAAUGGGUCUUGAAAACGAUCGUGACACUCUCGACAUUUUGGCUCACAUGUCAACUUUCGUUACUGAAAAUAAUCUACGCACGAGAAGAAACCUUCGAGGGGAAAUAGAAAAGCAAAAUCUGGCAGUCAACCGGGAGUUCUUCGAAGCUCUUCGUAAGCAAAAGGAACAAGUGGAUUCCCUCUGCGAAGAUAUCAAUGUUAUGAGCAACUGCUGUGAACAGAUGAUUCAUCAAUUGAACGCCACAAAGGAAAAAACACACGGCUUGAUUAGCAAAACUUCAAAGAUGAAGAAGGAGUCUUCGCGGUUAGAGCGUAACCAUGCUUUGGCUAAGGCUCUAUUAGACCAUUUUCAACUGCGUCCAGAAGAAAUUCGAGUCCUGCAUGGAUCGCCAAAAAAUCUCACCAUCGAGGAAGGAUUCUACGCUACGUUGGAUAAAUUGCGUCGCAUCCACGAUGACUGCAAGCAUCUGGUUCGAUCUCAACAACCGACAGCCGGCUUGGAGAUUAUGGAAAAUAUGACGCUACAUAUGGAAGCUGCCUAUGAACAUCUUUUCAGGUGGAUUCAAUCAGAAUGUCGUCUUACAACCGACGAAAGUACGUUAUUCCGAUUGUCAAAGGGCUUAGCAGCAUUACACGCUCGACCACUACUGUUUAAGAAGGCGUUAGCUGAAUAUGCCAACGCACGCCGAGCAGCCGUACUCCGAAGCUUUAUUGACGCUCUCACUCGUACCACACCUGGCGGGGGAAAACCCAUCGAAUUCUAUUCCAGAGAUGCACUAAGGUAUAUAGGUGACAUCUUGGCCUGGGUACAUCAGACGGUGGCUACGGAGCGUGAGAAUUUUAAAGUUCUAAUAGCGAAGUGUGAGACCUGUGACCUCGAAGCGAUGGCUAGUCAAGCAAUCGCUCACAUUACAGAAGGCCUGUCAUUGCCUAUAAAACAGCGUUUCGAACAGAUCAUGACUCAGGAAGCAAACGCGGUGACAUUAUAUCGCAUUUGGAACAUGGUGAACUUCUACAACGCUUCUUUAGAUGUUCAGCCCUUAGAUUCAGCUGACAUACGUGACUCAUUGUUGUGUUACACCUUGGGCGAAUUGUUGGCUCUGAGCAAAAAACUGUUUACCAAUUCUCUCGUAGGACAUACCACGCGCCUUUUAGAGCGAGUGGAAAGCCCUCCUGCCGAUUUGGGCCCCCCGCAGUGCUUCCAGACAACCCUUACUCUGCUUCGGCAAAUACUUUCCUGUCAGGAUUCGCUUCUUACUGAGGAACGCCAGCAAGAUAUUGGACAAAUUUUGGAUUUGAUGAUCGACCCGCUCCUGCAGAGCUGCCAGCUCUCUGCCUCAAAACUACAGGCACCGGUAGAUAUGGCCACUUAUAUCACUAACUGCCUCUACACACUUUGUACCGUUCUCUGCGUAUACGAGCAUACCGAAGGGAAGCUGGAACUAUGUAAAGCUCAGGUGGAUGCCCACCUCGCGACGUUAGUGUCAGAGCAGUGCGCUCAGCUACUAGGAUCCCUCGAUAUGAGUGCACUUUACCGCAUGACAGAGGAGUUUAGUACAACGCCAGGCGGUUUUGGGGGUCCAGCGUCUGCACUUCCCGGAUGUGAUUCGAUAGCCGCCCAAAUGUUUGCUCAUAAACUAGAGGAGUUCCUCGACAAGCCCGACCUGAUGACUAUACCCCAAGUCUAUUUGCUUUUAAGCGGUCUACAUCGGCAAGAAGUUCGACAACGUACACUCACGGUUCUUUGCGACAGCUAUGAAAAGCUCUUCACAAUAGUCACAGAUCCAGUGAACGGAUACAGUGAUAUCCAUUUACGAACACCAGAAGAUGUCAGAAGCAUUUUACUCCCUUCCAACAAAUAAUUCUAGUGUAACUUUGUAAGAAAACCUUUUCCUCUGGACUUCAUUCUAGUAGGUAGCAAAGUCACGAAAUGAUACUAAGGCGUUUCGGAAAAGCUGCUGCUGCGCUCCAAUAAAAUGAACGUUACGUAUAAG